GCACCAUAAAAAUUGCACCAUGGCUAACUCAGAGAGAAGGAAAACUAACCAAAGUACAUAACGCAAAACCCGUAAUAAUUUGCAAGCGUCCUGAACAUCUGAUCAAUUUUUAGUUUAUUCGCAGCAAUUUUCUUGCAAGCUGUUUGGACACAUGGACACCAAAUCGUGAAAAUUUGAAACAAUUUUUACAAAUUCAACUUAGUAUACAGCUUUCAAGAAAAAAUCUGAAUAAAUAUUUUUCAUUACUCUUGUUUACGUCCAGCGGCGUUCGUGUCCUAGUUUUUAGAGAACAGGAUCGACUUCAAGUAAAAUCUGGGCCCGUAUCUCGUCAUUCGUGACCGAGUGAUUACUCGUUUCGAAUCGAGUCAAACAAAAUGGCAGCUGUUUUCUCCGCAAUACUAUAGCUAACAGGUAGAAACUUCAAGUUCGGACUCGUACGGGAUCGCAACGUGCUCAUGCUUGGAAGGACUUUUUAUACAGAUUGGUCUGCACUUGGUAUCAGCUGAGUUUGACACUGCACAUUUGUUUGUGCUCAUUAUAAGAAAUUGUGAAAACACAACGAAAGGGGAAAUAUUCUUAUUUAAGGGGUUUCUAGCGAAGAAAUUCUUGAAAUUAAAAAUGUUAGACACCUGCCAACGACGUCACAUGCUGCUUGGACUCAGCCUGCUAGUGUCUGCGACCGUUGUAGUGCUAAUGGUGGAAUCCCGUUUUCCGGACAGUGAAACUACUCGGCGCUCGCGUGCACAACAGUUCGUCAUUGAAAACAAUUCCACUUGCUGGCAACGAGAGGAAUAUACUGUAAUCUUGGAGUGUCAUCCCUGUACCGAAUUCGAUAUUAUAAGCAAAAGUCUUGGUGUCUGCAUUCACACGCACUAUAAAGAGGUGCUACGCUGCAAGAGUGGCGAGACGGUGACGCGUAGUUGCGAUCGGGUGGCCUUGAUUGACCAGCGUAAUUUUAUUAAAUUCGAAAUUACAUGUUUUAUUGUUGGUCUAUUUAGCUACUUAGUAUCAUAUGUACGAGAACGGAUACUGACAAGGAGAACUCAUUUAAAAAUCGAACGAAGACUGAAUCGCAUGCAAUAGCAUUAAAACGAGGUACGUAUGUGCAAAUCUAUAAAAUUUACCUAUUGUGUCCGAGUUUUAAAGUAUAAUGCGUACUUAUAUUUUGCAGCUUUCCAUUUUUCGACUUGAGUGUAGUUGGUUGAAGAUACUAAGGUUUUAUAUCCUAGUAAAGUUUUGAGAUUUGUAUGCUAAGUUUCCUAGAUUAGUUAAAAGUUAUUUUAUUGGACGAGUUGGCCUAAGCGAGGGAAAAUAGGUGUGUAUAACUAUUUGAAAAUUUUAGUGACGGCCUCUGAAGCAAAUAGCUGAGGCCAUUUUUGGCAUCUCUGCUGCUCAGAGUUAGCGCAAACUGUAGGAUACGCCCAGGUCUGAAGUUAAUUCGGGCUUUUUUUUUAAUUUAAACUACUCUUGAUACAUUAGAAGCGUGGCUUUGUUUUGAUUUAUGUAUAAUUUUUGGGCCAUUAU